UCUUUUUUUCAUGAAAAGAAACAAGUGACCCAGAAAAGAAAACAGGAAGUCAUCCCACAUAAAUUGGACGUGACCUCAAAAGUCAGGGGAAGUGACUCAAAAUGCCCCAAAGUUAACAGGGCGUGAGCCACCCAAAAAGGAAAUGAACACGUGACCCAUAAAUGGCCAAAACUCAACAGGAAUGGAUAGGAAGUGAUCCAAAAUGAACAAGGAAGUGACAUGAAAAUAAACAGGAAGUUUGCCUAGCGACCAGCCCACGCAGCAAAUGGUCUCACAUUUACUUGUUCGUUUAGUUUUGAGUUGAUUGUUUUCAAAAUGCAUUUCUUCAAAAACCCCAAAAUAAAAAUCCCAUCAAUAAUGAAUGAUAUUAAAGUGAAGUGGCACUAUAAAGGGUUAAGGAGGGAGGAGCCAAGAAGUUAGAAUCGAGGGGGCCCCUGAACCCAUCUUUGUCCCCCUCCUCUGUGCGUGUGUGGCCAGCCAGCCAGCCAGCGAGCGAGCGAGCGUCCCUUCGCCCGCUCGGCUUUCCGUCUGCCGUCGUCGUUCGUUCAAAAGCGGAUUCUUUUGCUUUUCCCGCCAGCUCCUCCGUCCUUGCCCGACAGUUUCUCGGUCAUGAGGCGGUGAAGGCCGGCCGGCCGGCCGUCUCGCUCGAGGCGGGGCCAUGGCGGACCCCGCCCACUCGGACCUGAUCGCCAGGCACUACAACUACACCGGCAAGCUGCGCAAGUGGGACGGGUCGGGCCUGAAGGCCGACUCGGCCGUCUUCCUGGCCGUGUGCUGCCUGAUCGUCCUGGAGAACCUCCUGGUCCUGGCCACCAUCUGGAGGACCAAGAAGUUCCACAAGCCCAUGUUCUACUUCCUGGGCAACCUGGCGCUGUCCGACCUCCUGGCGGGCGUGGUCUACGCCGCCAACAUCCUGCUGUCGGGCGCCAACACUUACAGGCUGACGCCCACCCAGUGGUUCCUGCGCGAGGGCUCGGUCUUCGUGGCCCUGGCGGCCUCCGUCUUCAGCCUGCUGGCCAUCGCCGUGGAACGCCACCUGACCAUGCUGAAAAUGAAGGUGCACGACGGGGGGCGCGCCGGCCGCGUCUUCCCGCUGCUCAGCGCCGUGUGGAUGGUGGCCGCCCUCUUGGGGGGCCUCCCCCUCAUGGGCUGGAACUGCAUCGGACGGCUGGAGCGCUGCUCCACCGUGCUGCCCCUCUACCACAAAACCUACAUCCUCUUCUGCACGACCGUCUUCAGCGUCAUCCUGAUGGCCAUCGUGGCCCUCUACGCCCGCAUCUACGCCCUGGUGCGCGCCCGCAGCCGUCGCCUGGUCCCGCGCGAGGGGGGGGCCAAGAGCUGCGAGCGCUCCAUGGCGCUGCUGAAAACGGUGGUGGUGGUGCUGAGCUGCUUCAUCGCCUGCUGGGCGCCGCUCUUUGUGCUCCUGCUGCUGGACGCCGCCUGCCGGACGCACGGCUGCGCCAUCCUCUACCGGGCCCAGUGGUUCCUGGCGCUGGCCGUGCUCAACUCGGCCACCAACCCGCUCAUCUACACGCUGACCAGCGAGGAGAUGCGACGCGCCUUCCUGGAGACGCUGCUGUGCGGGUCGGACCGCCUCCGCGUCUCCGCUCGCGCCGCCGCCGCCGAAUUCAGCCGCGGGCGCUCCGAGAACUCCUCGCGUCCCGAAGGGGAGGAGUCCCGGGGUUCCUCCCCGCCAGCGAUGGCCCCUCCCUCCUGCUGAAAGGAUCCGGCCGAGCCGUCGCGACCGACCGGU